AUGGACAAGAGUAUAAGUGCAUCAGAAAUAGCAAAAUCGGGAUUUUUGUUGCAGAGAAAGUGGGAAGAUCAUCGCUUCCAGUGGGUUGAUGAAGCUUUAGCUGAAAAGAUAUCUUUGGUUGAAGAAAGACAACGAGAAGUAGAUGAAGCUUUAGCUAAAGAGAUUUGUUUGGUUGAAGAAAGACAAAUAGCAGUUGAAGAAGAAUUAGUAGAUAUGAGGAAGACUGAGAAAAGUGAAAAUGAUGUGGCUUUGCAGAACAAUGGGUGUCUAAGUGUCUUUGGAUGGCUUUGUUGUAAACUUUGGUAA